GAAAUCUGCAGUGCCGGCCGUUGACAAAUAACACGUACAAGCCGUUUAAUUCAAAUAACUAUUAAUUAAACAUAAUUAAUUCAUUGUUAAGAUUGAAAUGUCAAACAGGAUCUGAAACUUUAUAAAUCGUUGAGUGUUUUUCAUUCAAAAAAUAACAAGAAAAUCAGGUAAAAACCUGACAUGGACGAGGACAUGGUAGUUGAUGAAGACUUGGAAGAAAACCAGAAGAAAAGGAAAAGGGACUCCUUUGAGGUGGAUCUGCCACAAAUCGGAUAUGUUUAUGACGAAGCCCUCGGAAACGAAUCUUCCAAGCUGCCCAAUGUCUCAGGAAGGGCAGCUGUUGUUCAUAGUUUAAUAGAAGUGUAUGAUUUACUACGAAACGUUACCGUGUAUAAAUGUAUACCUGCUACUGAAGAAGAACUUUGCAAUUUCCAUUCCAGUGAUUAUAUAUCAUACCUAAAAGACAUCAAUAAAAUGUAUACUCCGGAUGAUGAUGUCGAGUUAGAAUAUGGCUUAGGGUACGAUUGUCCACCGUUGGACGGCAUUUAUGAUUAUUGUUCAGCCAUAGCAGGAUCGACUCUCACAGCAGCAAGAGCCCUAGUCAGAAAUGAAGUAGAAAUUGCAAUUAACUGGUGUGGUGGAUGGCAUCAUGGUCAAAGGUAUGAAGCAGAAGGAUUUUGUUACGUUAAUGAUGUGAUACUUGGAAUAUUAGAAUUGCGUACAUAUUACGAUCACAUUCUAUAUAUAGACUUAGACGUGCAUCAUGGCAAUGGUGUUGAGACAUGUUUUGAAUUCACUAAAAGAGUUUUCACCUUAUCGGUCCAUCAGUACGAACCUGGAUUUUAUCCAGGCACUGGUAAAACUUGUGAUAUCGGCUUUGGCCUCGGGAGCCACCAUUGUCUCAAUGUGCCUUUUAGGGAAGGGAUCAAGGACGGAAAUUACUGCCAAGUCUUUCAAAGGGUUUUGAACGAGAUUUCCAAAGCAUAUUCCAUGGAUGCUGUCGUCGUGCAAUGUGGUGCCGAUGGCCUCUCCGGUGAUCCUCUUGGAGGUUUCAACCUGACCGAGAAAGCUUAUGGCUACUGCCUCAAACAAAUUAUAAAACUUAAAAAACCAACUUUAGUACUUGGAGGAGGUGGUUAUAACAAUGCAAACUCUGCCCGGUGUUGGACAUACCUCACAUCUGUUUUAAUUGGAGUAGAACUGAGUCCUGAUAUUCCAGAACAUGAAUAUUUUUCACUGUAUGGACCUAGUUUCGAAUUGGGCAUAACUCCAGGAAACAGGAAAGACCUCAACGACAAAGAGUACCUUGAAAAAAUGCUUGCAGAUAUCUCAGAGAAUCUGAAAGCGCUUUAUGAUUCAAGAUUGUAAUGUGCCUGUUACACAUUGACCACGGUGAAUAAUUUAAUUUAUUUUUUCUAAGAAUAAACUUUUUUAUUUUA